UCAAUGAUCUGAACUGAAACAAUUCGGUUUUUACCAUAUUUUAAAAUUUAUCGCUUGAAUUGGCAUAAUUUAUUAAUUCAACUUAUAAAUAAUUUUUAAUUUGUAUUUAUUGAUUUGUUAAUAACAUGAUUUCAGCUAAGAUAGUUCGAUAAGUUUAUCAAUAUUCGUUAGAAAAUUAAAUUAAUUUAAAUAAUGAUUUAUAUUUUUUCGACGAAAGCUUUCCUUCAAAAACAAAUUUGUGAUAUUUAAAUCAUUUGGCAACAUAUUUAUCAUAGGGUUGCAAGUGCGUGUCCAACAGCGAGAAUUAAGAAAUAAAAGUUAUUUCAUGUUCAUCAAACUACAUUAAUUAUUUAUUUUUUAGAAUUUUGAAUUUUAAACCUUCCAUACGAGAUGCCUAGAGGACGAGGGCGAGGUGGAAGUGGUCAUAAGGGUCAGCGUCGACAUUUUACAAAUCCUGAUGAGUUAGCCCAAAAUUUAGAGAAGAAAGAAAAAGAAAGGCAAUGGAGGCAACAACGGGGAGAAUUGAGCAGUAGUGAGGAUGAAGAAGGUGCAGAAAAAAAAGAAUCUUCAGAAUCUAGCUCAGAAGAAGAGGAAUCUUCUGAAGAAGAAGAAAGUGGAACUGAAGAAGAAAAGGCGGCUAAAGCAAAAGGUGUACAGCAUUUAAUAGAAGUAGAAAACCCCAAUCGUAUUGUCAAAAAAGAGAAGAAAGUUGAAACAAUUAAGCUUGAUGAAACGCCGACUGCACAACUGUCUCGUCGAGAAAGGGAAGAGUUGGAUAAACAAAGGGCCAAGGUGCAUUAUCAAAAAAUGCAUGCUGCAGGAAAGACGAAUGAAGCAAAAGCAGAUUUGGCGAGAUUGGCUAUCAUCAAAAAGCAAAGGGAAGACGCUGCCAAGCGCCGAGAAGAAGAAGCAAAAGCUAAAGAAGCCGCUGAAGCAGCCAAAGCCUCUUUGACAAAAAAAGCUCUCGGAAAGAAAACAUGACAUUUCUACUUUAUUUACAAAUAUCUUCCACAAAUGAUGGGUCAAACAAAAGUGGAAGAUUUACACAACUUGAGUUUCAUGUAAUUUAUGUUUCUUUUUUCACAUACUGUAUUUAAAACUGUUUGUUUGUAGAGUGAGCUGUAAAAAUUCAUUAAGCUAAAUUAUCAAUGAUAAAAUGCCUUUUUGUUAACAUUGGUAAAGUUGUGAAACUGGAACUAUGAUGAAAUAAUAAAAUUGUUUGCUUUUAA